UCCUUGAAGAAAUCUUUUACACCAAAUCUCUGUCUAUGAAAUAUUUGUUUGGAGAGAACAAAAGAUGGAGGAGAGCAGAAGAACAGAACAAGUUGAUUUAUUGCAGAGGUUGAAAAAAUUGACAGUUUCUUUGGUUUGUUGUCUUCCAUUGUCUCUUCUAGGGCUUCUUCUCAUGCUUCUCUUAAUCUACAACAGCUUCUCUGCCUUCUCCCUUCAUUUUGAUCCAAUCCCACCCAAAUCCACUCUUUCACUCAAUUAUAACCACCACCAGGUUCUUCAUCAUCAUCCAUCAUUAUCAUCAUCAUCAAGGUCAACUUUAACAUCAUCAUCUAAGUCAGAUUCUUCAAUGUUGCUUGCGGUGAAAGAAACCUCUUUAGGGUUCGUACAAAAGCAGAAAGUUUCGCCAAUAAAGACAGAGAGAAGGACAAGGAGACGGAAGAGAAGAAACGGGUUAACACCCGCGAUGACACAGAAGCCACAAGGCAAAUCAAGGCAGAAAUUCAAGACGAGGAUCAAGUCAUUCUUGUCUGAAUCCUCAUGCGAGUCCCUGUUCUUCAUGAUCUGGAUCUCCUCCUUAGAAUCUUUUGGUGAAAGAGAACGGUUCACAAUAGAGAGUCUCUUCAAGUCUCACCCAAAUAGCUGUCUGAUCCUGGUCUCAAACUCACUCGACUGUGAGCGAGGAACACUCAUCUUGAAACCCUUUACAGAUAAAGGGCUUAAAGUGCUUGCGAUCAAACCAGACUUCACUUACAUUUUCAAAGACACGUCAGCGGAGAAAUGGUUUGAAAGAUUAAAGAAAGGAAUGUUCAGUCCAGGAGUAAUUCCAUUAGAGCAGAACCUCUCUAACAUUCUAAGACUAGCCUUGCUUUACAAGUUCGGAGGGAUCUACUUAGACACAGAUGUUAUAAUCCUCAAACCUCUCACCAGUCUCCACAACGUAAUCGGAGCACAAACAGUUGAUCCAGUUACAAGGAAAUGGAGCAGGCUCAACAACGCGGUGCUCAUCUUCGACAAGAACCAUCCUUUGCUUAAAAGCUUCAUCGACGAGUUCUCAAGAACCUUCAACGGUAACAAAUGGGGUCACAACGGUCCAUACUUAGUGUCAAGAGUGGUUGCAAGAUUCAACGUUUCUAACUCUUCCUGGGAUAUGGGAUUCUCUGUUCUUCCACCGUCUUCGUUUUAUCCGGUGGAUUGGACUAGGAUCAGUGGAUUUUACAGAGCGUCCGUGAAUGGGAGGGAGGCAAAUUGGUCACAUAAGAGACUUAUGCAUUUACGUAAACAUAGCUUAUCUGUUCAUCUUUGGAACAGAGAGAGUAAGAAGCUUAGGAUUGAAAAAGGUAGCAUCAUUCAAAAACUCAUGUCUGAUUCUUGUAUCUUCUGUAACUCUUCAUUUUUACAUUAG